AUAAUUACGUGGAGGACGACCCGGUGCCGUGUGCGUUUGCCGGUCACGGUCGUCAGUGCGCAGUUAAUGGCACAGAGUGUCGGGGGAGGUGGGACGGUCCCAACGGAGGAAUCACCAACUUUGACAACUUCUUCUUUGCCAUGCUGACCGUGUUCCAGUGCAUCACCAUGGAGGGAUGGACCGACGUGCUGUACUGGAUGAAUGACGCCAUCGGGUUCGAGCUGCCAUGGGUGUAUUUUGUCAGUCUGGUGAUUUUCGGCUCUUUCUUCGUUCUCAACCUGGUUCUGGGAGUCCUCAGCGGAGAGUUCAGUAAGGAGAGGGAGAAGGCGAAGGCUCGGGGGGAUUUUCAGAAGCUGCGUGAGAAGCAGCAGAUGGAGGAGGAUCUGUGUGGAUACAUGGACUGGAUCACUCAGGCUGAGGACAUGGACGAACUGGACGAGGACGGAAACCCACGUCCGUCUCUGGGCGACCUGUCCGACAAGAAGAGAGGGAAGUUUGGAUG